UGUCUGUAGCUGUGUUCAAAUGUGUGGCCAAGUCUUUGUACAAAUAUCUGUCUGUGUGUGGCGACGGCAUAAAAACAGCACAACUUUUUUUUUCUGUGAUAUCUGAUCCUAUGUGUGCAAAUUCUUUUAUUCAAGUUCAAAGGUCAAAAAUUCCGUUUUUUUCCCUUUUUCUCUGAACCGUAGCUAUUAUCGUAAAAAUAGGUCAGACAAAAGUUGUAUAUCAAAUAUUUUUCUACAAUUGUUCUUUUUUUUUCGUACGAAUCACCGUUCGCGAAAUAUCGCGAUUUUAAAAGUUGAAAAACUUAUAUUCACUGAGAAUUUCAUUUUAAGAUUUAAAAUAAUACAAUUUAUUAUGAUAGUUAGUGAGGCUUAGUACAAUCAAUAGAGCAUUUUUUUUAGAAAUAAAACCAUGAUUACUAAUGUAAUAACGUCGAAAUACAAAAGAACUAUAUCUUAGGGUUACGACAUAGGUAAUAUCUAAAAAUGAAUCAAAAUAUCAUAUACCUAGUGUAUUUGUGGGUAGUUAACAAUUAUUUCAUUUGUUUUAGCAAUCUUAACGACCAAGCAAAUAAAAAACAAAAAAAGAGAAUCUAAUUUAUAUCAUUAUUAGAAAUGGAAAAUAAUCGUAAUAAAAUUAAAAAAUAUAUAGUGUUAAACAAGGUUAACAAAUUGACUGAAUUGUUACGUGGUGGCUUAGACCCCAAUUUUGAAGGUGGAUGGCCAAUAAGAUUAGGGGCUCGGUAUGGCAAUUGGUCUAUUGUCAAGACGCUCAUACAAUUUGGUGCAGAUCCACAUUUGUUAAGUGAAUCAGGUGCUUCAACAUUGCAAUUAGCUGUGUUUUCUGGCGCAUAUUGGGAUACAGAUAAAUGGAAUUUUUUACUAUCAUGUUGUGAUUCCUCACAGUUAGCUGAUGGGGCUGUCGUUGCAGUAGUUUUCCAAAAUGUUUGUGCCUUGAAGAGAAUAUUAGAAACGAAACGAUGUAACUUAAAUGUUCCUACAACUUUGACUGGUAAAACAUUAGAGCAACUAGCAAAGGGAUAUAAAUUGUCCCACCUUCUAAAUAUUUCUAAUAUGGAACAUUUUCACGACAACGCGACUUCACCGAAUGCUAGACGACCGGACAUCAGAAAUACGUUAACUCCCCCUCAGACAUACAGUAGAAAUUUAUCACCUUCAGUGGCAAGAUUUUUCUAUCAGUCAGCAAGUCGCACGCCGGUAGAACAGCAGCGAGGAGUAAGGGUACCCACAUCUUCACCAACAACUAACUUGUUGAAUGAUUAACUUCGAAAUUUAUUUUUUUUAUUAUAAAUUCGAUAUCUUAACACGCUUAGUAAUAAUAGCAACAAUAAUUAAUACGAAAUUUUACUUAAUAAGUUUUAAUUGAUGUUGACGAAUUGCGCAAACGCAUUUGAAUGUGAUAUUAUAAAUACUAUUUGCCAGUGAUAUACCUACAAGUUUUUGAUUUGCAUCCCCACCAUAUUUAAAAAAAUAAGGGCCGAAAAUUGCACUUUUAUUAUUAUUGAUUAAAAAUAAAACCACACGUGUAAUGGCAAUCACCCAACUCAUCCCGUGUGGCAUCGGUGAUUUUCACGCCAUUCAGUACACAUGCACACACAAAGUGAUUUGACGCCCGCAGCGGCCGCCGCGACUAGCCGUGUCGAUUGCAAACAGCUGGUGCCGUCCAUAUGUGUGUGGGCUAUUCGCGUUGCUGUGGGGUCCUAUUCUGACAUAGGUAUACGUAGGGGUUAAUUCUAAAUCAUCUAAAAUAAUUUAAUCUAAUAUUCGGAUUCCAGUUUGGGGUAGGACUUACAUUGUAUUAGAUGAUUAUGUGUACCCAUUAAAAUGGACUCUUCAAAUAUGGCGGGGAUGCAAAGCAACACCUUGUAUAAUAUAAAUAAACGAAAUAAUACAAUCAUGACUUAAUUAAAUCGUUAUAUUUAAACAUA